AUGCGAUUCUUAUUAGCUUUCGCCCUUAUGAUCAUUGGGCUCAUGGCUUUGCCAAUCGGACCAAAUGUUGACCGCCGCUCAAGCAAUAAGACUAUUGGUACGAAAAUUUUGGAAAACUUGGACGGGUUCCGUUUCGAAGAUAAGGUUGAUACCUUGGUUGAUAGCAUGAGGGGAACCAUUGAAAAUGCCAUGGAGAAAGUUUCGACCAUAAUUCCGGUUCCAGUCGAGAAAAAGGCUGGAUCCGGUCGGAAAAUGUCCACAUUGUCAAAACUUUUUGGUCCUGCUAUCGGCCAGUUCUCGCAUAGUAAUAAAACGAAAAGAUUUCUCCAACAGGAUCCUCCUGGUUAUCAACUAGAUGGAAAACCCUACUUUUCCUUACUACAACAGUAA